AUGGCACGAUCGGCCGGCGCCACGGCUGACCGGGAGCCCGAGGACUCCAACUCUCAGCCACCGUCCCCUCGCACAACGCGCCGACCUCCCUUGAUGCGCCGAAGCCACUCAAGCAGCGAGCCGGAUGAGCGGUCGCCGCUACUGACAGUCUCAACAAGAUCCCGAGUGCGCAUACACAGCGGUGCCAACUCUCCCCGCCUACCGCAUCUGUCCCGUAACCAGAGCUACAUAGGCACCGCCCCCGGCCCGCGACAUCACAGCCGACAUGGCUCGUGGAGCUCAAGGCUCAUCACCGCCCUCUCCGAGAGGCGUGGAUCCACGGUCGAUUCUAAGCGUUCCAAUUUCCCCGACGAGCGAGUCUGGUACGACCAAUUUACCAGCACCGACUGGGUGCACGACACCAUUGCCGAUUCCCACCGUGUCAAGGCACUGCGCAGCAGACAGGACCUUUGGGGUCGCAUCCGUGUUCUCUUCGACGGGGUACAGGGAUGGAUUCUCAGUGCCCUUUCGGGAUUCAUCGUCGCGCUCAUUGCCUAUUCCGUCGAUGUGGCCGAGAUCACAGUCUUCGAUUACAAAGAUGGCUACUGCACGAGGGCAUGGUAUCUGGGCGAAGAGAGAUGCUGCCCCCAUGGCGAGUGCCAGGACUGGAAGACCUGGGCCGAGGUAUUCCAUACUCAUCCAUUUGGAAAGCAAGGGACCAAUUUUUCCGUCUAUAUGCUCUGUGUCGUUGGCUUCUCCGUAUUCUCCUGCUGGCUUGCGUUGUGGACCAAGACGGUCGUGCCAUCGGCGUAUCGCCUGACCACGCUGGAUGAGAAUCUCGCAGCCGAAGAUCUACCCAAGCUCGAUGACGUGCAGACCGACGAAUGCGCCAGCCCUGGCCAGCGGGAAGAUUCGAAGCAACAAGGUGCGCCAAUGGUGUACUACUCAGCGGCCGGCAGCGGAGUUGCCGAGGUCCGCGUCAUUCUCAGCGGCUUCGUCCUGCAUGGAUUCCUGGGGUUCAAAACAUUGGUCAUCAAGAUGGUCUCGCUCAUCUUCAGCGUGUCCUCGGGCCUCAGUCUCGGCAAAGAAGGGCCGUAUGUGCACAUGGCAACAUGCGUCGGCAACAUCGCUUGCCGUCUAUUUCCAAAGUAUGACCAAAACGACGCCAAGAGACGAGAGGCUCUGUCCGCGGCUGCCGCGGCCGGUGUUGCCGUUGCCUUUGGCGCACCUCUGGGGGGCGUUUUGUUCGGCCUCGAGGAGGUGGCGUACUUCUUCCCGGCCAAGACCCUCUUUAGGACUUUCUUCUGCUGCAUCAUCGCCGCCCUGUCGCUCAAGUUCUUGAACCCAUAUGGCACCCACAAGAUCGUCAUGUUUGAAGUCCGCUAUCUGGUCGACUGGGAAUUCUUUGAGCUUCUGGGCUACAUGUUUGUCGGCGUACUCGGCGGCGCCAUCGGAGCGCUCUUCAUCAAGGCACACAAGCUUUGGGCCCAGAGUUUUCGUCGCAUUAGACUGAUCAAGACUUAUCCGAUGCUCGAAGUCUUUCUCGUCGCAGUCGUCACGGGACUCAUGAGCUACUGGAACGUUCUGACCAAGCUCCCGGUGGCCAAGCUGCUCUUGAACCUGGCGUCCCCGUGCGACGACUUCAGCGACGGCAACCGGGGCGAGCUGGGCUUGUGCCCCAGCUCCGUGGAUCACAUCCCGCCCAUCAUCUCCCAGCUGUUUAUCGCAUUCCUCAUCAAGGGGUUCCUGACGGUCAUCACGUUUGGCAUUAAAGUGCCUUCGGGAAUCUAUAUCCCGUCCAUGGUGGUGGGCGGUCUGUUGGGCCGGAUAGUUGGCCACUUGCCCGGCGUGUAUGGGCUAAUUGCAGCUGGCGCGACCAUGUGCGGAACGACCAGGCUGUCGGUGACGUUGGCCGUGAUUCUGUUUGAGCUGACGGGCAGCCUCGACUACGUGCUCCCGUUUUCCCUUUCCAUUCUUGUUGCCAAGUGGACCGCAGAUGCGAUAGAACCACGCAGCAUCUACGAUCUUCUCACAAGCAUGAACUCUUAUCCUUUCCUCGACAACAAGCACAAACCCGUCUUUACCGGCGACUUGGAGGAUAUUGUGCCACGCUUGCGUCGGGCGCGAGUCAUUGACAUUACCAACUCGCCUCUUGUCUCGGCGUCGAGUCUCCGAGCCAAGCUGGAGGCUUUGCAUCGUGCUGGCGAACUCGACGGGGGGCUUCCCAUCGUUCGACAUGACGUCUUAGUCGGGCUCAUUCCAGCUCCAGACCUUGAGUACGCGUUGGAUCGACUCGAAGAUGAGCAGACAAGCUUGUGCCUGAUGGAUCGGGUGCCGAGCAUUGACGAAGACGAUCACGAAGAGCCCGACCCGACCGACUUCACACAAUACAUUGACCCCGCGCCAGUUGCUCUCGACAUUAGGUCGCCCAUGGAUCUCGUGUAUGAGUGUUUUGUAAAGCUGGGGCUCAGGUACAUAUGCGUUUUGAAGGACGGCAAAUAUGCCGGCAUGACACACAAGAAGACGUUUGCCAAGUACAUGAGACAACUGGAGGAGGCGGAGGAAUGA